AAUAACACACCCAGCUUUUUGCCCAACAGUCGUUUACAUCCUGUGUUGAAACGUAAAAGAAACCAGAUGUUGUUAAAAUGCAAGUCGAUGAGUUUUCUGCUCAGACGCUGUGAGAAGCAAAGUCACGCUGAGGAUGUUUUCAGACAAAUGAAAUAAACAUGUUACAUCAUGUACUUGAACGAAAUCCAACAAAUAGACUGAAUCAUGUAAACCUGUUUUUUUCCCCUAUUACGUCAGAACUGCGUAAAACAGGUCAAAUCAGAUUAUUAUCACAACCUCAUUAUUCCCAGUUAUUGGAUUAUUUUUGUCACGUGGUUAAUUUUAUCUGUAUUAUUAACCCAAGUGUAGAUUUACUGCACUACAGUCCUCUCUCAGGUGAUGUUUCUCAGCCCCUCUAGUCUUUAACUACAUGUAGCUGAACUACAGAGCUCAACUACAAUUUGCUGGAACUUGCUGGUAGUUAAACUAUAUUCACAUUUUGUGCUUUGUCAAGUAUUUCAACUACUUUUUGGGUAAUUUCUUUCUCAAUUUACAAACUAUAACUUUGGCCAAUAACAUGAUAUAUUUUAUUAUUUAAAAAAGACCUAUAUAAUAUACAUUUUAUUUUAUUGUUCUUUGAAAAAAGGCAUGAAACAUGUCAACGCUGCCUCUGAUUGGCUCUCCCUUCACAGAGUGGGCGGGUCUUAUAUGGCAGAAGCACGUCAUGGACAACCUGUCGCGACAACAAGCGAUUCUGGCCUGGCGUCUAGUUCUAGUGCCUAAGUGUUGAGUUGGGAGGCAUAUUUCUGCUGGCAUGGGGAUUUUUUGUAGGCUAUUAUGCUUCAUAUAAACCAUAUGUUGAUUUAUUUAACGCUGAGUUAAAUGAGUAUAAAGCUGCUUUUUUCCUCCAGGGUUAGAAACUAUUGCCAGGCUGAACUACAUGUAGUUUUACAAGCCACGCUUGUAAAGUAGCUUCCCCAACACUGAAUAUGGUCUUUUCUUUUUAAUGAGAAUGAGCUGGUACACCUGCAGGUGAAUGGGCCGUACAGUCAGGUGCUUAUCAUAGCAUGAAGACCGGCAUAAUUAAUUUCCUGACAUCCUCAGACAGUCGGGUCAGAAUCACAGAAUCUCAGCAGCUGGAGGUAAAGUGCCUUGCUUAAGAGAUCCAAGAGGAGGGAGAAAGUUGUUAACGCCUCAGGAUUUUAACAGCUUGGUUUGUUGCUGUUGUGAAUCGAGAGAAACACACACAUGCUGACUGAAGCUGAAGAGGAUUCGUGCCCCAACAAUUACUGAAUCAGCUCUUUGUCUUCAGAUUAUUAAAAAGUCAUAAAUCUCCCGUGAAGUCAGGACAUGUGGCACGAUGUAUCACUUGCUCUCGUGCGGACAACCUUCCAACUCCGUGUUUUAACAUGAGCUGAAUGUCCUCUGAUCUGCUGAGCUGGAAAAACUAAAAUAUGGGGUGGUUAAUUAAGUGUAUGAAGGCUAUUGUUGGAGAACUGGAGCCUUUCACACUGACAAAAUGUUGCUGAAGGUUUCCAGACAAGUCAAAACCAGUCUGAUGUUCCCAGUUCAACAGCACAGCUUCAGUUCAAACUCAGACUGUGAAGGUUUCAAUUAAAAUUAAACACAUCAGUAAUCGCGGACACGUCGUUUAUAUCAAUUAGAGGUCGUUAUGUUUGUACAUACAGCAGGAAAACUGCCUCAUAUUGUCAGUUAUGAUCAGCUGACAAACAGUUUCUGUCAUUUUUGGUCACUUCACAUUCUGCAAGGAAACUAAGAAGGUCGUUUUCAGGAAAUUAACUCUCUUAGAAUGUUAAUUUUGAAACUAUUCAUCAAUUUUCAACUGUGUUUAAAAAAAAGAAUCUACUGUUUAGACAUUUAUGAGCUGAUUUUAUGCAUUUUAAAGAGAUUAGACGGUGACGUUCUGUCCCUCUAAGACAGUCAGUUUGAAAUCAAACCAGUCUCUUGAUGCAGAAUUGUCAAUAAUGAGCUUUUUGCAGGAGUAAAUUUGCUAUCAACCCACAGCUGCCUGAAAAUUUUCUGAUCUGAAAAUCUGCUGCAAAUGUUGAAUCAGAAGUUAGUGAGAGUCUUUAAAAAAAUAAACAGCAAGAAAUUCUAGUUUCUGUGGUGACAACAAAGUGCAACAUUUGAAUUUAGAUGCACCUCUCUCCUUCUUUGCUAAAACUUUAAACCGGAUCUUCACCAGCGUAUUGCUACAUUUCUGGCUGUUAACCAGAAUACUGUGUCAGAAUGAACCAAGUCAAACUGCUCGAUGUCAACCAGCACUUCUUCUCCAUCUUCAUCACCACGUUGGCCCUGCUGUGGUCCGGCCAGGCCUUACCGAGGACAGACCCUCCCAUCCGUCCCAGCCACCCCUUCCACUUCAUGUGGAACGCCCCGACCGAGCUGUGCGACAUCCGCUUCGGCUUGCCACUCGACCUCUCCCACUUCCAUUUUGUCAGCAGCACACUGAAGACGGCAACCAACCAGAGCAUCUCCAUAUUCUACACCGACCGCUUCGGCCUCUUCCCCUACGUGGAUGAAGACACUGGCGAGAUGUACGAUGAGGGCCUGCCGCAGCUGAUCGACAUGCAGGAGCACCACGAGCUGGCCGAGGACGACAUCGAGUACUACAUCCCUGCCGACCGGCCGGGCCUCGCUGUGCUUGACUUUGAGGAGUGGAGGCCGCAGUGGGUUCGAAACUGGGGCAGCAAAGACAUCUAUCGACAGAUUUCCAUCGAGACUGUGCAGAAGAAAAACGCGUCGUUGUCUGAGGACGAGGCAGAAGACCGGGCGAAGAUCGUGUUCGAACGUGCAGCCAAAAGGUACUUCAUCCGAUCCAUCCGCAUCGGCAAGAGGCUGAGGCCCAACAGGCUCUGGGGUUACUACCUGUACCCCGACUGCUACAACUACGACUACAACCAGGACAUGGCGGGCUUCACCGGAGAGUGUCCCGACAUCGAGAAGGGCAGGAACGAUGAACUGCUGUGGCUCUGGAGGGAGUCCACAGCACUCUAUCCAUCCAUCUACCUGGAGCUGGUGCUCAGAGACUCCCGGCAGGCCCGGAUGUUCGUCCGGCAUCGCAUCCACGAGGCCAUGAGGGUGUCGACGCUCCCCAACAACUCCUACUCCAUCCCUGUCUACGCCUACAUCCGCCCUGUGUACAAGGACAGCAUCAACGACUACAUGUCAGAGUUUGAUCUGGUGAACACAAUCGGAGAAGCUGCUGCUCUCGGAGCCGCCGGCGUCAUUUCCUGGGGAGACAUGAACGUCACCGACACGGAGGACUCCUGCUUUGAUGCCCGACGCCACCUGGAGCAGAUCAUGAAUCCGUACAUCCUGAACGUCUCCACGGCAACGCGACUCUGCAGCGAGGCGCUCUGCCAGGGCCGAGGACGCUGCGUGAGGAAGCGCUGGGACGACGACGUCUUCCUCCACCUCGACCCAAUGCGCUACCGGAUCCAGCGUCAGCGCCGCGGCGGCCCGCUCACCGUGAGUGGCGGCCUCUCGCAGGACGACAUCAACGCGUUCGACCGCAGCUUCGACUGCAUGUGCUACAGCGAGGAGCCGUGCAGGUCGGUCCUGGCUGUUAAUUUAAUCCCGGAAAGCGUCAUCACCACGAGGAAUCGAGGUGCUGAGCGGCCCGUCGCACUCCUGCCGGUGAUGAUAAUACUCUGUCUGAAGUUUGCUGUGAUGCUGAUAUAAAAUAAUACAAUGAACCUGACACAUGUGAGACAGAACCUGCGGCAGUUUGAGGACAAUUACACUGUUAUUUCAGCAUUUUUGGAUAAAUGUUUAGUCAGGUUAUAUCUGACCAAUUUUUACAAUAAACAUAUUUUGAAUUCUGUUAAUCAAA